UUCUGUUUUCUUCUUGAGCCAGCUCCUAGGCACUGGUGCUUCAGCAAGCUUGGAAUUAAUCUCUGAGCUCAGUCUAUGUUGUCAGUUUUCCACUAGGAGCUAUGGGAUGGGCAUGUGAAUGUCAGUGUCAGCAUGGUGCAGAGAGAGGAAGAUGCAGCAAAGGGAGAAAAGGCAUCCUGGUGGGCUGGAAGAGACCCAGAAAUAGAAACUUUGGAGACGUUGCCUGGAACUGCCUGGAAUGGGUAUUUGAACACUUUUAGACAUGGGACCACAACAGGCAGCCAUUUAUCAAAUGCAACAACAACUGCUGCAGCCUUGAUGGAUGCUGCCAAUUCAAGUAUGAGUACUUGGACGAGGAGGAUUACAAGCAGUAUGGCCCCUGCAAAAAAGAAGAGCUCCGUGACAUGGAGGAAGUUCAUCCUCAUCUUGCUGGUGGGAUGGGUCUCUUCAUCAGCACAAUGUAAGUCCACAACAAAACCAUCAUGUGUGCCCAUGAUUAUGGCCAGAAUCACUUAUUUUCGAAAGUUGUAUUCUGGGUCAUGUGAAACACCCUGAAUUUCCUUUUUCCCUUCCUGUUCAUGAUGUUCUGCUUAUUCCCGCAAAGCAUGUGUCCUCACUAUGUC